AUGGUUAAAGGGUCCUGAUUUCCAGUUCCAAUCGGAAAACCAGUGGCAGACCAAUCCCGAGAAAUGUACGAUUGAUAACGACGACGACGUUUUAUGCGAAGCGGUAGAAGGCCCAACAAGCAAGCUUCCACCUAAUACCAGUGAGGAACCAAAUGUGAUUCGCGCAAAUAUCAGUGCAGUUAUCGAUAUCGACCGUUUUCGUAAUCUGAAGAAAUUAUUACGAGUAAUAGCUUACGUUUUGAGAUUCGUCAACACGUUAAAGAAAGCGAAGCAACAUGAUAAAGGAUCGAGAGAUUUUAAAUUUCUGUCAGCGUCAGAAAUCGGACUGGCCGAAAUUGUGUGGUUGUGUUCUGUUCAAGAAUUGUCGUUUGCGAAAGAAUCGGAAUUUCUGCAACGGAAUAUGCUGAAAUCACCGCUACAAUAUGGAGCACAAUUCGGGUUGUAUACGGAUGAAAGUCACGCUAUACGAUGUAAGGGUUGA